GAGUGCUGAAGGGGCUUCCCUUUUUAGAAGCUUCGGUAUUUUAAUGGGACCUCCCACCUCAACAAACAAUUCUCCGCCAGCUCCCUUUCAACUCCUACCCCAAGAUGUGACAGCUACGACUCCUGAGACUCCUGACUAUCCAUUCGCUACUCGCCAGCCAGCACUUCCAGGUUUGGGGUCUGGACUCCAGCUCUUAACAGCUCCUACUCCCUGGGGGUCAGGCCUUUGGAAGGCAAAGGGAGUGUGUACCUUUAAGGGGUUGGUCCGCUGGGAGAGCGGGGGUUUGUUGGAAGCAGCUUCCUUUCGGGCCAUUCAAGUUCCCAAAUUCAGCUGCCUCAGACCUGGACCGCCCGUGGCCUCAGCGUGUCGCAGUCGUCCCGAGUGUUUGAGCUGUCGAAGGGUCUGCUGGGGACGUUGCCUCCGGACCCAGCCUCGUCCAAAAUAUCCUGGCACUGCCACCACCCUGGCCAGGAUGGGCCUGCUGUUCCUCGUCCUUCUGUUGCCACUUCCCUGUGUCUUGGGACUGCCAUUCUACAACGGCUUCUACUAUUCCAAUGGCCUGCAUGGCAGGACCCUGGGCAAUGGCUACGGGGAAGGCCUAUUCAACGGAGUGAAGCUGGUGGUGGAGACGACCGAGGAGACCCUGUUUAGUCACCGAGGGGCCAGUGUGACCCUGCCCUGCCGCUACCACUAUGAGCCAGCCCUGGCGUCCCCGAGGCAUGUGCGUGUUAAAUGGUGGAAGCUGUCGGAGAAUGGAGCCCCGGAGCAGGAUGUGCUGGUGGCCAUCGGGCAGAGGCACCGCUCAUUUGGGGACUACCAAGGGCGCGUACAGCUGCGGCAGGACAAACAGCAGGAGGUCUCGCUGGACCUGAGAGACCUGAGGCUGGAGGACUCCGGGCGUUACCGCUGUGAGGUCAUUGAUGGGCUGGAGGACGAGAGUGGCCUGGUAGAGCUGGAGCUGCGGGGCGUGGUUUUCCCCUACCAGACAGGCAAAGGUCGCUAUCAGCUUAACUUCCACGAGGCACAACAGGCCUGCCGGGAGCAGGACGCAGUGGUGGCCACCUUUGAGCAGCUCUUCCGAGCGUGGGAGGAGGGCCUGGACUGGUGCAACGCGGGGUGGCUCCAGGACGCCUCCGUGCAGUACCCUAUAGCCAUGCCCCGGCAGCCCUGUGGAGGCCUGGACCUGGCACCUGGGGUUCGCAGCUACGGCCAGCGUCACCACCGCCUGCACCGUUAUGACGUGUUCUGCUUCGCGGCUGCCCUCAAGGGGCGGGUGUACUACCUGGAGCACGCCGAGAAGCUGACCCUGCAGGAGGCCAGGGAGGCCUGCCAGGAAGAUGGCGCACGGAUUUCCACGGUGGGCCAGCUCUUCGCUGCUUGGAAGUUCCAAGGCCUGGACCGCUGUGACGCUGGCUGGCUGGCAGACGGAAGUGCCCGCUAUCCCAUAGUUCACCCCCGUCUCAACUGUGGGUCCCUGGAGCCUGGAGUUCGGACCUUUGGCUUCCCAGACCCACACACCCGUUAUGGCGUCUACUGUUACCGCCAGCGCUAGCAGGGUGGACAGCUGUGCGUCUGCCCUGGCCCCUGACUCCCCGAGCUGAGUGUUUGUUAGGGAACUUUGUCCCUUGUGGGCUGGGUCAUUGCUUGUAUUGUUUUCAUACUUCCCAACUUAAACAUUUUUAAGGUAUUACUAUUAUUAUUAUUGUAUUUUACAGACCCAACUCUCAAUUCUCUUGGCAUUCCUCUCUGGGGCAUUUGAGGUCCAUUGGCUUUUAAAAGGCUCUGCCAUGGUCUGCCACAGCUGGCAUCCCUAGCCUGAGGAAACUGGUGCCCAGCAUGGGCGGUAGCUGUGGCUAGCUCCCUUUCCUCAGCUUACAGGAGGCAGAAGGCUGACUUUUUAAAAUUUUCUCCACAGGGUCCUUAGACUUGUGGGUGAGGACUUAGGAAAAAGAGAACUUCCCUUCUCCUGGUUCCACAGAGUCUGAGCAUCCUUUCCAUGACCCCUGCUUGGGAGUGGCCCUCUCUGUGUGCGUAGCUUUGGCCAAUAAAUGGUGCUAUGAUUUCCUCCCUUCUUUUCCAGCCGACCUCUGUGUCUGACCCUUUGUCUCUUUGAGUCUCGGGGGCUAGAUUCCAGCCCUGGCUAAAUGUGGGGUCACUUCUGUUUCUGUCUCCCCCUAGGCCGCCCCUGCAUGUUGGUUGGGUUUUGACUUUUUUUGUCCUGUAGCAUACCCUGCCUCAGGUUGCUAGUCCAGCUGUUGGGGUCCGGCUCCCCUCUAUCCAUCUCCACUCCAUGCUGACCCAUCUUUGAGGGGCUCAGGAGAAGAGCAGGAGGUGCCUUUCAUGAAGCAGGGGCUUCAGGAGACUGGGGGGUGGAGGGGUCUCAGAGGCUGAGGGUCCCUGCAGCGUCUGUUUCUCAGCCCAACCGUGCUCCAGGGAGCCAGACACCAGAUACCAUGUGUUCCCUGAUGCUUAACAAUCAGGUGUCUAGUCAGUGUUUCUAAGUGUGUGUGUGCAGGUGUGUGUGUGUCUGUGUGUAUGUGUCUCUUCGUGUAUGUACGUGUGUGCCUCUCUCGCUUUGUGUGAUAUGUGUAUAUGUGUGCCUCUUUGUGUGUGUAUGUAUGUAUGUAUGUGUGUGUGUGUGUGUAUGUGUAUAUGUGUGUCUCUGUGUAUAUAUGUGUGUGUGCAUAUGUGUGUUUCUUUGUGUGUGUCUCUCUGAUGUAGACGUGUCUCUUUGUGUAUAUAUGUGUGUGUCUCUUUGUGUAUGUAUGUGUGUGUCUCUUGUGUGUAUAUGUAUGUGAGUCUCUCUGUGUGUGUGUGCCUCUUUGGGUAUGUUUGUGUAUGUUUCUGUGUGUAUGUGUGUGUGUGUGUGUCUGUGUGUGUAUAUAUCUGUCUCUUUGUGUGUGUAUGUGUGUCUGUGUGUAUGGGCAUGUGCAGGUGCCCACAGAGGCAAGAAAGGGCAUCGGUCCCCUGGUACUGAAAUUGUGGAUUGUUGUGAGCCAGCUGCCGUGGGUGUUCUGCAAGAGCACCAAGACCUCUCAAACCCUGAGCCGCCUCUCCAGCCCCUCAGUCAGUUUUGUUUUGGGAGAAGGGAUAGGGGCAGGGAUUGAGACAGUGUCACUUAACCCGUGCUAGUCUUGAACUUUCUAUAUAGUUGAGGAAGGCCUUAGACUCUGAUCCUCUUGCCUUCCCAGUGCUGGGACCACAAAUGUACACCGUUACAUGUGACUAACAGCCCCUGGGAAUUUGCUAGAAAUCCAGCCUCGCUUCAGUUCUGUUGAGUCAGAAAUUCGCGGUGUGCUAUCACAGCCCUUGGGGACUUGUUACCCAUUUUGGUAGUAGAGAUUGAACGUAGGGACUUGCAUAUCCUGCUCAAGCUCUCUUCCACCAGGCUGCAUCCCCAGCCCUCUUGUACCAUUGUGAGACAGGGUCUCACCAAAUGACUCAGGCUAGCUCAGCUACCCAAGUAGCUCAGAUUACUGGGCAGGCCACCAAGACUGGUACACAUUUGCCUCGAGUACUUCUUUUGUUUUUGUUUUGAGAUAGGGUCCUAGUGUGUAGCCCAGGCUGGCCUCAAACUUUCAGUACACCUGUCUCAGCCCCCUGAGUGCACCAUCACGCUUUAUCUUGAGUUUCCAGUGUGCCCACUUGCAAACCUGCAGUCCAAACCGCUGAAUGACACAGGUGGACAGGCACACUCAGGCAUACAAACAUAAAUAGGCCACAUGUGUGUGUGUGUGCGCACACACACUCACUCACACACACACACACACACAAAGAGGGUCCGUCAAACAGUAUUUCGUUGGUAAGAAUAAGGUAAACAGAUGUAACUGGAUACAUAGGAUCCAUUUUAGGAUACAUAGGCACCAUUUUGGGGGUCAUUUGAUGAAGGUGUGACUCCAUGGAGGUCCUGAACCAUGUUCACUGAUUGCUUA